UUUUUUUUUUGAAAUCAUGUGAUCUCAGUUGAUAAAUGUACAAGCAUUGAGCUAUACUAGCUUGAUACAAACGGAGGUUACAAAGUGCAAUCAAAUUAGUCUGAUAUCAUCUGUAUGCUCUUAGAGACUAUAAAAGCUGCUGCUUUAUGUGAAAGAUCAUCCUGUCUAUCAGAAAUGGUAAAAAAGGAAUCCUACUUACACAUUUUCUUCCUGUCCUGAGAAACCCUGCCAAUGACAGGUGGGUCAGUUUUAUGGAGGAUUUAAAUCUUAGAAGUGAAGCAAUGAAGGUAAUGUAGAGAAUAUAGUAUAUGACAGAGCAAUUCAUUUUGCCUGUCUUACAGAUUCUUUCCAUCAUGGCGCUGCGUCAGACCAUAGUACAUGCUGUGCUCUGGACUAUUCUGUAUUCGUUCACAAAAAACAUCAGAGUGUCACCAUGUGCUGUGGUAAACAGUUCAUCGACUCUGGUUCCUUUUGGCUCAGCAGUCACCGCUUCCUGUUACAUUAAAGAGUGUCAACUUGAGAAAAAACAGGAUUUUAUCAUUAAGUGGAAGAAAAAUGCUCACUUUAUCCCCAGUGGUAAUGCCAGUCAGAAGAAUGUAAAUGAAAUCCACAUAUCCAACUUCACUGACAAGCAAGCUGUGUUGGAAUGUUUUAUCUGUGACCAUAAUAUCUGCAACGUGGUAGGCGGCGUGCUGAUCAGAGCAGCAUAUCCUCCACCAAACCCACAGAACCUGACUUGCCAAUUAAAUCUUAAAGAAGGUGCUACUCUUUUGUGUAUGUGGGACACUGGUAUAAAAACCUCAGACACUCCAACAAACUACACCCUGUACACACAAAUCAGGUAUCUAGAUACAAGUCCAUUAAAAAUGCAUCUUCCACUACCUGGGGAGAAUUUCUUCAAGGUUCCACGUGAAUGCUUUGCUUUGUUUCAAGAGAUGCAAGUUUAUGUGGUAGCAAUGAAUGCCAUUGGCCAGGCCAGAUCUAACCUCCUAGUGCUGGAUCCUAUGACAACAGUUAAGUUGGAUGCGCCAAUGAUUGAAGGGGUUGGAACACAAACAUUUGGAUGCCUUGAGUUCAAUUGGAGUCUCUCACGUACUCAGAAGUGGAUACAAAAGCUCUUAAAUAUAGAGAUCAAAAUGAAACCAGUGAAUAGCAAGAUUUAUAACAAACAACAGCUUAAUCGUAAACCUGAAAAAAAUGUUAAGGUGUGUAAUCUGCUUCAUGGCAUGAGAUAUGAAAUACAGAUGAGGGUAAGAUAUAACAGCAGCCCAUGGAGCGAGUGGAGCAAUGCUGCAAAUGGGACUACACCCAUGAAAGCUCCCACCGGCCGACUAGUCACAUGGCUGAAGCUACCGAGGCCAGAAAUAAGGAAUCAGACAGCACAGCUGUUCUGGAAGCCAUCUUUGCAGUUCCGUGCCAACAGUAUGAAUGUGUCUUAUACUGUAUCACUAAUGGGAGAAUUUACAAAGAAGAAAGAAACUGUGUGUGUCACAGAUCAGCAAUCCUGCUCCUUCCAGAUCCAUGCAAAGGUCAAGAAGGUCUGCCUGACAGCUAUGAAUGAAGUAGGGAAAUCCAACCCUACUGAAGUGCCAGUGUACAGACGAAGAGGAAGUUAUCGUGUCCCUUUCUUGGAAAUACUUCCACAAUCUGAAGAGUCUUUGUUGGCCAGAUGGAAAAGCCCAGAUACCUCAGCCAUUAGUGAAUAUGUGCUGGAGUGGAAACCACUAUCUGGGACAAAUUUAAACCUUGUCUCUUUUGAAAUUGUGGGCAAAAAUCAGACCAGCUUUGUAAUAUCAGGUACAUUGAAAAAUCAACCCAUCACCUUGCCAUUUUCUCAAGAUCUCAGUGAAUGUUUGCUUACUAUAAAUGCUCAAAUUAAUUGUAUCUUUGUAUCCAUUUUAGGUCUUGAGCCUUACAUGCCUUACGAAAUGUCAGUGUAUCCCAAGUAUGGAGGCGUUAUUGGUCAUCCCAACAGCACCAUGAUAUACACAAAAGAAAAAGCCCCCUCCAUGUGUCCAAAAUUGGAGAUUGGAAAGAUCACACCUUCUUUGGUUGAACUUUCCUGGGAUGAAAUCCCAUUGGAGCAGAGGAAUGGAAUCAUUACUGGCUACAGGAUUUUCUACAGGGAUGAGAAAAACAAUUCAAGAGUUAUAGAUGCUGAUAGCACAACAAGACACAUGAUGCUUAAAGAUCUCUAUCCUUUCACCAUCUACGAAAUCUUCCUCGUGACAAGCACAAAUGGUGGCAGUGUGACUGGAUCCACUAUCACAGUGAAAACUGUGUCUAUUGAUGCCUUUGAGAUAGUUCUGAUUGUCAUUCCAGCAUGUGUUGGAUUGGUACUUUUCUUCUUUGCGACAUUUGCCUGUUUCAGCAAACAAAAGUGGAUGAAGAAGUAUUUGUGGCCAGUGAUUCCAGACCCCGCCAACAGCAAUAUUAAAAAGUGGACGACAGCUGAUUCUCUGGAAUGCAUGCCACCCUUUAAAGAGCUCAAGGAUCCUGUGCUGAUGUAUCUCUCCCACGUAAGUCUUCUUAGUCUGCCUGAGAAAGAGUCAACAAAAGGAGACGAGAACAUCAAGAGUGGCAAUUGGCCAUAUAACAGCAAAAGUGUUGAUGCAGGACAUGAUGAUUCAUCCCACGAUUCUGAAACCUUUGACUCAGAGCAGCAGAGCGAGGCUGUGCCUUAUGCUACAGUUGUCUUUGCUGGGCCAUAUCGACGCCAGCCUGUCCCUCCACCAGUCUACUUGCGCUCAGAGUCCACACAACCCCUACUGGGGGAAGAGGAACCUUCUAGUCCUCGUCCAUAUGAGAAAAUGACAAGCCAGACAGAUCCUCCUGAUGUAGGCCACUUUUCAACAUUUCACAAGAAUAGUCAUGGAGAAAAAAAGGCUUCACUUUGGGGUGAUUUCCCUAUGCUGAGGUCUUUGGAAAUUGACAAUAAGACAUAAAUUCAAUGUGUGCAUUCAUACAAAGCCAUAAACUGCUGCAGUUAUGAAACAAUGGUUAAAUUAUUUCUCAGUGGAAUACAAUGGCAUUAUUUUUGCAAGGUUUUUGUAUUAUCUUGCCAAAGUCUGUGACCUUGUGACCCUAUUCUUUAGCAGCUAAUAAUACGAGGCAACUAGUAGGAUUUUAAAGGAAAACUAUCAAUGCACACUAUAUUAUUCACAAGGUAAUAAUUGUUACUGUUGUGUAUGUGAGUAAAGUGUUCAGCAAGAUUGGGUCAGAAACCCAGAUUGUAGCAAAAGACUAUAACUGUCACAGCAUUAUGACAGCAUUGUCACAUUUAUACAAGAUGUAUGUGGUUGGCCAAUUAUUCAAUCUGUCCAUGCACUGAUCUAUAAAAUGUGAUCUAAUGAUUUAAUAAACCAAAUUAAGUCUGGGUGAAGCAUACAUUAGUCUGCCCACUGUGACAUGCUGUGAAAUGGAAGCAUAAUUUAAUUCAGGCAUUUUAUGACUUUGAGGUUAUACUUGAUUGGGUUUGUGGUUACUCCGUGCUCCCAUAUUCUUGUGCAGCAAAAUUUUGUCACACUUUACAUUCUAAAUCUCCACUAAAAUAUCCAACUUAGUCAAUCUUGACAGUCACUGGUGCCAAAUGGAUUGAGACAUAGUGUGGUAACAUGUGCAGGAUACAAUAUGAUAGGAUGUAAAAUAGUACAUAUUAAUACUUGACCUUGAAAAAUCAUACUUUGACAGAAAUAUCUAUUCACAGAAUGCAUUACAGUGGGUGAUAAAUGUGAUCUUAUCUGUCCUAACUAAAAGCACUUACUUUGAAGUGCUUAAUGGCACUGAAAAUAUUUAUCUGCUUGUCCUUCUAGGCCUAAGUGUUGUGUUUGACUCAGUACAUUUACUCCUUUUGCUGAUGUUCAUUCUCCAAAGCAAAUUGCAAUUAAGACAUGAUACAAACUGAGCAGCUGGGGUUUAAGGGCCUUGCUAAAGAUGGCAGUGGAGGUUUGGAAGAACUAGGAACUCAAACAGUAUUAUUUUACCGUCAAAGCUACCUCUGCCAAACUACAGCAGACCAAUAUUAUGUUACCUAGGUUUGAAAAUGUAGUCUACAUGAAUGAUUGUUAUCAGUAUCUUAGUGUUUCAGUAUUUCUGAAUGUAUGAAGUAACAUUUGGUGCUCAUCAACACUCUGUAUCAGGGCCUCUUAUGAUUUCAGUCUACAGAGGGACAUACCAUGCUAAUAAUAUAUAAUUACUGUUUUUUUUCUAUUAAGCCAGAUAAAUGUUAACGUUACUGGAGUAAUUGUUUGUUUGUUUUUGUUUUUGUUUUUAUACAUGAUAUUCAUUUUCUAAUAAUUAAUGCAGACUGAAACUGUCUAUCAGCUUACAUGGGUUACCAAAAUAACAUUUAAGUCUAUCAUAAUUCUUCUUGUUUAUAAAUUUCUCAGGGUGCAAAUCUGUUUUUUGACAAUUAGAGUAAAAAUGGUGGGCAAACAUCCAUAACUGAGAUUCAGAUGCUGUGAGUCAGGGGGUGUCCAAAGUCCAAAGGGGACCUGCAAACAACUGAUUUAUGAUAUGUGCAGGGUAUUUUGUCCUUUCAACUGAUGGUGGCAGCAGACUGUGUUAACGCACACUCUGUAUGCCCCUACAUAGGUCUAUUCUGUACCCCCCACCCCCCCAAAAAAAAAACUUUGGACAACCCUGCUGAAUGUAAAGCACAAGAAAAAAAAGUGCUUUAUUCAAAUUUUAUUCCUCUAUUAAUUUCUUUUUUUAUUUCCAUUUUUGCAUUUUUAAUUUUCUUUUACAUUCUGCUUAUGUUGUUUAUCUGUUGAUUUACUGAUUUUAAACUACCUUGUGAUACUUAUGUAGUACAAAAGCUAGAUAAAUAAAUCUCAGUUGAGUAGAGAGAGAUUGCUUUGUACUUGGGAACCAACUUGAAAGCCGAUGGAUUUGUCCAUAUUUGUGCACUUAUCAAUAUUUUUCGUACUCAAUAAAUGAAAAAUAUAAACCACAAAUU